AAUUCACUUGUUUCCAAAACAAUCAAAAUGUUAUCUUCACUUGUGCCAAGUGUAUUUUUCGUUCUAGCAUUUGCUGCUUCAACAGCAAUUGCAUUUCCACCAGUUCAAUUUGAUACAUUCAACACUUCCACUGUUGUCGAAGUAAUAGCUUUCGAUGAUCUUGACACAGUUCUAAAAGAUUCUGGUCUAAUUCCACUGAGUCCUCGUAGUAAUAUCAGAAUACCAGUUCAUUACACUUUUGGCAAUCGAGAUCCAUCAAGAGAUUACCUUGUUUCUUCAGGUGGUGGAUAUAAAUCCUCUAGUUCACCACAAACAUUUCAGCUACAUUUAAAUUAUCCAUCUUAUGGACAAGGAGCUCUCAUAACUUAUGUGGAAAUCGAUGUUGAACAAAGUUCUAGCGAUGGACACGCCUAUAUUACAUCAGGAGGUGUCAAGGAGCGUAAUAUUAGGAUUUUGGUAGAUGCUAAGAGCACAACUUGGUUUAAGUAUAAUUUCAAAAUCUAUGGAUAUUAGUGACAAUAAAAAAAUGUGUCACCUUAAAUGAAA